AUGAAGACGCCAUUCACACUGCAGCAACAGCAGCGAGAUAGUUCGAGCUUGAGCUCCAUCUCUACUGCUUGUAGCAAAGACACAUUCUCUUUUGCUGCUACUUCUGCUGCUUCUAUUCCUACCGAGAAACGACACAAGAGGAUUAUUGCAGCUCGUACGAGCAUUUGUAGCAAGCAAUUUGAUCGCUGUGAGCUUCAGUUUCGACAAGAUCACAUUCAAUUAAAAAUUUGGAAGGACAUACAGCUACAAUGGCAAGGACACGUGAUGUACGUGCACAUGAGACGGUUUUGCUUUUCACAAAUUGAUCAUCCACCUUAUAUUUUAUUGCUUCAAUUGGAUAAUGAAAGAGGUAGCAAAUCGGAUUUUGCUGGUUUUUACGAUCCUAUUUUUGCAAAAGUUUGCCAAGAAAACGACACAAAAGAAGAAGAAUCAACAAUAUCAAUAUAUGGCGUUGUGUUUUUCUUUGAUGAAGUGAUGGACUAUAUGCGCUGCCAAAGUAUGGCUGAUAGCUAUCCGAUGCUUGCGGAUUUAUUUAGUGAAAAAUUGGCAGAGAGUGAAGUGCGACAGUAUACGAGACUCGACGAAUUGAGGAUGUCGCGGUACCUACACCGCGACGGGACAAAAGAGAGCUCGUUCUGUGAUGCUCGACAUCACAGCUUUGCAGAAGUAAUGGGGAAAGGUGCGAAACAAGCGCUUGGUAGUGUGACUUCGUUCUUCCGUCCCACAGCGCGGUCUUCUGUUUUGGAAGAGGACAGUAGCCUCUCUGAUGUUGAAGAACAUGAUAAUACGAAACAGUCUCGAACGCUAAAGCUGUCAGAGAAACUGAAGUGUGGGUCACGUGCAGAAAGCGGGGAACAAACUUUGACCAUACUUCGCACCCCACGUGAGCAAUCUGGCAUUGUAAGAGCAACUGAUGCUACAACAUUUUCAGUAGUGCCGCAAAAUGAAAAGCAUAGCGAGAAUGCAAAGCCAAAGAAAGGAGCAUCGUUUAGUUGGCUUGACAAUGAAAGGGUGAAACGGAGGAGAAUCGAAAGUCGCCGGAAUGAAGGAUUACUUGAAUAUCCUUAUGAUGGCUCCGAUAACCUGGGAAGGAUAUCGUUGACACUCGGUGAUGUCGAUCGCCUUGUUCCCGGGGAGUUCUUGAACGACAACAUCAUUGAUUUCUAUCUCAGAUUUUUGUGGCGGCAUUUGGAUUCCUUACAGCAGCAGCAAAUGUAUUUUUUUACCUCACAUUUCUUUUCGCAGUUGAAUGGCACGAACGGUACCUAUGAACUGUCGACUGCAAAUCCGGAUGAACGGUUUACUCGAGUGGCUCGCUGGACGCACAAGGAGACAAACCUUUUUGACAAGCGUUUUCUAUUUAUUCCUAUAAAUGACAGUUUCCAUUGGAGCCUUGCUGUUUUCUGUAACCCAGGCUCCGCCGUGAUCAAAAAGCAUCGAAAGGUGAGGCGCCGAGUGAAUACAGACGCGUGCAACUUGGAUCCAAGAAAGGUCGUGGAUUUGGUGGAUAGCCAUGGCAGCAGUAUCGGAGGUGACAGAAGUUCAUUUGCGCUAGCAUGUCAUGGUAGCUGUGUUGAUGAAGAGGUUGAGGAAGAGGAGCUGAAGUCAUGUCAAGAGGACCGGGUGGCACACCCUCCCUGUAUCUUAUUUCUGGACUCACUUCGGUGCCAUCGUAAAAAGAAGUUUGCCAAAAUGCUGCGCAAUUAUUUGGAGUGUGAAUAUAAAGUACGCUUCGCUUCGAGUUCUGCUGGCAGCAUGUCGGAGGCGAAAAGUGCAAUUGGUGGUAACGGGUUGAGUGAGGAAAAGACCGUUAUAACAGUUUUUGACUCGGAUGGCAUUGGUUUAGUUGAACCUAACAUCCCUUUGCAGAGUAAUAGUUCCGACUGUGGUGUAUUUCUUCUUAUGUACGCCGUAUCAAUUGUGCGUCUAUUCCCGUUUGGUGUGACUCGUGAAGAUCUCGAAAGCAAUUUGGCAUCAAUGCUCUCACCGCAUAUGUUUAGCGAUGAACACGUUUUGGAGUUUCGUGAAUACUUACAGCAACUUAUAUUUUGCUUACAGUUUUUAGAAAAGCACGGACUACCUGAGCAAAAUGACGUUCUAGGAACAAUACUUGAGCCAUAUGCGCUGUUUUACUGCUCAUGGUAUCCCAAUCUUUACGCAAUGAUGCUCGGCACGUUAGACCUGAAGGCAGCCGAAAUUUUCGCAUAA